AUGUCCGGCAGCACCACCACCACCCCCUCGAAGCCCAGUCGUUCCCGCUUCAUGAUCAAUGACAUCUUGACCACUACCUUCUACAAGCAACAGCAGCAGCACCAGCACCGCCUCAGCAGCAGCAACAACAACAACAAUUCGGGCUCCAGCGGCGGCAGCAGUCCCGCUCACAACAACAACAACAACAACAAUGGCGAAAACUUUGAACCACCAGCGGCAUCGGCACCUCCACAUCUACCACUGCCGCUCCACCACCCACAUCCGCAUCCACAUCCGCAUUCACAUUUGCAUCCGCACCCACAUCCGCAUGCCGUGGCACAUCCGCGUGCCACCAAUGGGUUAAAUGUGGCCCAAUAUGCGGCGGCCAUGCAGCAGCAUUAUGCCGCCGCUGCAGCCGCUGCUGCUGCCAGAAAUAAUGCAGCAGCUGCUGCAGCCGUUGCCGCUGUGGCAGCAGCCGGCGGUGGCGCAGGAGGAGGUGGUAUAGUUCCGGGAGGAGUCGGAGUCGGAGCAGGAGCGGGAACGGGAACGGAACUGGAUGACAGCAGCGAUUAUCAUGAGGAUAACGAGAUCGAGAAUGAGCAUGAGCAUGAUAACGAUAAUGAUAACGAGGAAUGCGACAGCGAUGAGGCGGGCAGCGCGGGAGGCGGCGGAGGAGGCAGCGGUCACAUGGAUGAUCACAGCGUUUGUAGCAAUGGCGGCAAGGAUGAUGAUGGUAAUAGCAUCAAAAGCGGCUCCACCAGUGACAUGAGCGGUCUGAGCAAGAAGCAACGAAAGGCACGCACAGCCUUCACGGAUCACCAGCUGCAGACUUUGGAGAAGUCCUUUGAGCGGCAAAAGUACCUCAGUGUCCAGGAGCGUCAGGAGUUGGCCCACAAGCUGGAUCUGAGUGAUUGUCAGGUGAAGACCUGGUACCAGAAUCGUAGAACCAAAUGGAAGCGCCAGACAGCUGUGGGCCUGGAACUCCUGGCAGAGGCUGGAAACUUUGCCGCGUUCCAGCGUUUAUAUGGCGGAUCGCCAUACCUGGGCGCCUGGCCAUAUGCGGCUGCUGCCGGUAGCAGUGCUGGAGCAGCCGCCGCUGCUGCCGCUGCCGCUCAUGGACCAGCGCCACAUACCAGCAUCGAUAUCUAUUACCGCCAGGCGGCCGCUGCUGCUGCCAUGCAAAAACCGCUGCCGUAUAACCUGUACGCCGGUGUGCCCAAUGUGGGCGUGGGUGUGGGUCCGGCACCCUUUUCCCACCUCUCCGCCUCUAGUUCGUUGUCCUCGCUGAGCAGUUAUUAUCAGAGUGCGGCUGCUGCAGCUGCCGCAGCGGGAAAUCCUUUGCCACCGCCUCCGACGGCUGUUCCCAGUCCAGGACCGGGUGGAACUGCUUACAGGGCAGGUCCUUCUGCAUCGCCGCCACAGUUAACACGUCCUCCGUCGACACCCAGUCCCACAUUGGAUCCAGGCAGUCCGCCAGGCAGAUCGGUGGAUAGUUGUUCGCAGUCAGAGGAUGAGGAUCAGAUUCAGGUGUGAAAGGUUAAAGGAAAAUGUCCUGAGAGUUUGUUUAUGAGUGUUUAAGGGGGAGGUUUAGGGGCUACCAAGGACGUGAUGCGGAAGGGGAAAGUAUACAGAUCAGGCACUUUGGUUAUACGAUAGGUUUUUCAUUUAUUAUUAUUUAAAGGGAAAUUCGCAUACAUUUUGGUGCCAAAAGAAAAGUUAAGCCAGAGAGGAAUCCGACAAUCACUUGCAGCUUAAACUAUAAACCAUAUUUAUUUAUUGAUUUAUAUAUUUAUUUGUUGUUUUGUAUUUAAAAUUUAAACCCUUUCGAAAUCAUGUCCUUGGAGCAUCUCUCGUCCUUGUGUGUGUGCUUGUGUAUAUAACCAUAUCUCAGUGUGCUUGUCUUAUUUAUUUCAUUUGCUUUUAGUAUUUAACAAUUUUAAGAACAAAUAACAGUUGAAUGUUGUAUAAACUAGCAGCCAAAAAAAAACAAAAGAAAACUUAAAAGAAUAUAAACAAUGGAAAGAGUUUUGUAUAGUUGAGCUUAGCCACAAAAUGUAUUAUCUUCGACGUCGCCUAGAAAUAAUAUAAUAAACGUAACCCUUUUUUUUCAUAGCCU